CACGGAGCCCGCGGCCUGCCCGGCCCGGCUGGGCCGCACGGCCCGGAGCCCUCCGCUCCGCUCGGCCUCGCCCCUCUAAGCAGGGCGAGGGGGCAGGGAGAGCCCCGGCGCGGCUGCGGCGGAGCCCGGCAGGAGGCUGCGGGUGGAGACCUUUCCUCUGCCAUGGCAUCGAAGCUUGUUCCACAAGUGACUUCCAAAGGAGGAGCAUCUCAGUGCAAGGAGAGGCACGUGGUUCUGCUGAGCCCUGUGGGAGAGCUGGAGAUCUCUGGGUGUGAAAUGGGCUUACAUGAAAUAAAACUCCCAAAAAUGAGUGUGCUGCCAAGUAGCAGGGCAGAGUCCUCGGUCGCUUGCCAGGUGCGCGGAGGGGAGGAGGAGCUGCCGGAGCCGCUGCGGCAGAGCACGGCCUGGCUGCACGCCUACUUCUGUGAGCCAGCCAGGACCCCCAGCCUGCCUCUGCCCGCCUUCCACCACCCUCUGCUUCUGCAAGAUUCCUUCACCAAGCAAGUGUUGUGGACCCUGUUGAGAGACGUGAAGUUUGGAGAGGCUGUUUCCUACAAGCAAUUAGCUGACCUGGCAGGCAAUGGCAGAGCAGCCAGAGCAGUGGGAGGAGCCAUGAGGAGCAACCCGAUCCCUAUCAUCAUCCCCUGCCACAGGGUGAUCCGCAGCAGCGGGCAGACGGGCAACUAUGGAGGAGGAAACCUGAUGAAAGAGUGGCUGUUGUCACACGAGAGGCUGCAGAAGGAGAAGUGGGCAAAUUGAUGGGCCCCAGCCCAGCCGCCACUUAACAAGCCUCUCAGAGCACCCGGCAGAAUUCAGCAACAUGGUAAAUAUCUGAGUGACAUAUAAAUAUCAUGCAACAUCCCAAGUGGAAUGUGAGGUGGCACCACUGUGUUAAAAAAGUGGGAUGUGUCCUGAGGGACACAGCUCACCUGCCUUUGCUUCUCUCUGCAUUUUACAGCAGAGUGAGUACAGUAGGCCAGUUGUGCACUGAUUUUUGUUCCCAUCUCCCGUUUUGUUCUACUUUGAAUGUCCAUUAAAGCAUGGGUAAGGCAGAGGGAGGGCCAUUUGUCAAGCAGUUGACAAAUUUUACGUGGGAAGCAUCUUCUAAAUAAGCAGUUUGAUUAGCACAACUUGGGCACAAUGUUGGAAAGCUGAUCGUCGUUGCAUCUUUAUCAGCAGCACAUUUCCUUUUGUAAUUUCAUGUUUUGUCUUCAGAUUCUUGCAUUUCUCUGGUAUGUGAAGCUUUCUCAGCUGUAGCCUCUCAGUUGAAAAGAUUCAAAUAUUCAAGAUACAUUAAAGCUAAAGUUUUGAGGUGGUUUAAGCAGGGCUCUCUGCAAGUACCAGCUACCAGAAGCUGAAAUUUUCAGUAUGGGAAUCAUAAAUUCUAACCUGGAAAUACUGAUAUUUUUUUUUUAAUGUGUUUUAUCAUAUUUUCAAAGAUGUUUCUUUAGAAAGGCCAUUGCCAACCAAGAAAUUAUUUUGUUACAAUGGGUUAGUUAAUAUAGUAUUAUUGAUACCUUAGAAUUACUUGAAUAAAAAAACCUGCUUUGCA